GCCCUGCAGCUGCUCUGGGCCAGAAGCGCAUCCUUGAAGCUCCACCAGCCAGCUCCCUAGGAGCGUCCCCCGGCGUGGGCCUGGACCGCCUCCAUGCGGCUCACGCGCUGCCAGGCGGCCCUGGGGGCUGCCAUCGCUCUCAACCUCCUGGGUCUCCUCUACAUGUCCUGGCUGCGACACCAGCCCCGAGGGACCCGCGCCCGGAAUCCCCGGCCUGGAGCCGCCGCCUCCAACGGAGCCAACGGAGCCGGAGCUGGGCCCUACCGGGUCACCAUCCUGGUGCGCGAGUUCGAGGCCUUUGACCACGCGGUGCCCGAGCUGGUGGACUCGUUCCUGCAGCUGGAUCCGGGCCUGCCGGUGGUGGUGGCGGCCGACACGCUGCCCUACCCGCCGCUGCCCCUGCCCCGCGUGCCCAACGUGCGCCUGGCGCUGCUGCAGCCGGCCCUGGACCGGCCCGCCGCCGCCUCGCGCCCGGAGACCUACGUGGCCACCGAGUUCGUGGCGCUGGUGCCCGACGGCGCGCGGGCCGGGGUCCCGGGACAGCUGGAGCGCAUGGUGGAGGCCCUGCGCGCCGGGGGCGCACGCCUGGUGGCCGCCCCGGUGGCCUCGGCCAACCCGGCGCGCUGCCUGGCCUUGAACGUGAGCGUGCGGGAGUGGACCGCACGCUACAGCAGCCGAGCCUCCAGCGCCAGCGCCAGCGCCAACUGCGACGCCCUGGACGGAGACGCCGUGGUGGUGCUCCGUGCCCGCGACCUCUUCGACCUGCCCGCGCCCCUGGCACGGCCCGUGGGCAGCGGCCUCUUCUUGCAGACCGCGCCGCGGGGCUGGACGGUGCGGCUGCUGCUGGACGCGCCCUUCCCCGCCGCCCGGCAGCCCCCGCUGGCCACGGCCCACGCGCGCUGGAAGGCCGAGCGCGAGGGACGCGCGCGGCGUGCCGCGCUUUUACGCACGCUGGGCAUCCGCCUGGUGCUGCACGACGGCGACGGCGGGCGGCCCGAGUGGUUCGGCUGCGGCAAGGACAGCCCGCGCUGCUUCGGCACCGUGGCGGGCGACACCCCGGCCUACCUGUACGAGGGUCGCUGGACGCCCCCCUGCUGCCUGCGCGCGCUGCGCGAGACCGCGCGCCACGUGGUGGGCGUCCUGGAGGCGGCGGGCGUGCGCUACUGGCUGGAGGGCGGCUCGCUGCUGGGCGCGGCCCGGCACGGCGACAUCAUCCCCUGGGACUACGACGUGGACCUGGGCAUCUACCUGGAGGACGUGGGCAGCUGCGAGCAGCUGCGCGGCGCCGAGGCCGGCUCAGUGGUGGACGAGCGCGGCUUCGUGUGGGAGAAGGCCGUGGAGGGCGACUUCUUCCGCGUGCAGUACAGCGAGACCAACCACCUGCACGUGGACCUGUGGCCCUUCUACCCCCGCAACGGCGUCAUGACCAAGGACACCUGGCUCGACCACCGGCAGGACACCGAGUUCCCCGAGCACUUCUUGCAGCCGCUGGUGCCACUCGCGUUCGCGGGCUUCGUGGCGCAGGCGCCCAACAACUACCGCCGCUUCCUGGAGCUCAAGUUCGGCCCCGGCGUCAUCGAGAACCCCGAGUACCCGAACCCGGCGCUCCUGAGUCUGGCACAGAGCGGCUGAAGCCUCCUCUCCUCUCCUCUUCUCCUGCCACCUCUCCCCAAGCGAAGCUCUCUUGGGUUGGGUGGGGGGUGUCCGUGCCAGCAGAGAGAGCGGCCCGAGUCUCUUAUUUCUCAUAGGAAUAGUUUUAUUUCA